AUGUCUCUACGCUCACGCCCCAACACGCCCACGAACGUUAACGGCGCGAAAUAUCUCGAAGGAUGUCGCGCAGCCGACCAUCUAAACUUGACUUACGAGUGGAUAGUGCUCUCCCAAGAUCCGGAUAUGAAGGAGAUCUGGGCAGAUCUUUAUGCCGUGGCACAGCCAAAGUGGGAUACCUCUUUCGAGGAACUCUUCCACUUCAUUCAUGCGCCUGAAACGACAGCUAACGACCACAUCAGGACCCGAAUCCGGCAACUGAAUGCGUGGCGGUCCCAAGAGCCACGCGCUCCCUUCCCACCACAACAUACCCUUGGACCCUGGAUUUCGCCUGAAGAAGAUCCGGAUUGGACGGAGUUCUGCGCUGGUCCCAUGGAGGGUGAUCCAAACGAAGCGCUCCCAGAUCUGGCAAGGCAGCUUGUGGGCAGGAUUGGCGUCCUCAAAUGGCUACAGAAGCUGGAGGCUGACCCACCGGAGGAGUAUCUGAUUGCCCCCACGGUCGUUCCAAGAGUUCUGCAGCGGGCGACGGGCGAAGGCUCUCCUCGUUUGAGGAUAGGCUCUCCUACACCGCGUUCUCCAUUCGAACCCAUGGGUAGCUGGUCAAGAUUACCGCUACCUAAGAGACCUUGA